AGUGUAAAAUGAAUAUUAGGAUCAAUAUCAAAUAUUAAUUUAAAGAGAGAAAGAAACUAGAGAUGAUGAAAGCUUGAUGGUAUUGAUUUGAGGACAGUUUAGCCAUCUAGAUUUUUGAGAUAAAUGUUGAAAUUAUAUAGACUUUCGAUAAUCAGAUUCUUAGGAAUUGCUAAACGGAAUUAAUGCAAAAGUUCCGUAACACAAUGGGAGGUAAAGGAAAACAUUUAGGAAAGCGAUUGGAUUAUCGAAAAGGUUUCCCAAAAGAGGUUACCUCAAAAUUAUUGGAUGGUUGGAAAAUGAAACUUUGGAAGGAUGAUAUAUCUUAAAAUAUUGAUGAAAGAUACUUGAAAUACGGUGUUUUAGAAGAAAUUAGAGUAGGUAAAAACAAGAGAAUAUUAUUUUAAUAGAGAAGAGAAUUUGAAGAUAUGAAAGUGAGUAAGAAGUAAAGGGAAGAUAUCUGA